AUGUACCUGUUUGAAAUAUAUCAAAUAAUGCGGGGGGUAAAAAAAAGAAAAUUUAUACAAAAUCUUACGUCAUAUAUUCCGUCGUGAAUAAUGCGAGUUAUUUUCGUGAACUGCAGUGCAGUAUAGUCGUUUGAACCGAAUGAAAAUACAAUCUUCGUAUUUAUUAUUUUCCUGCAGCGAUUAUGUUCGGUAAUAUCUCUCGAAUUAUACCGCCGAUGCCUUUUGACACGAUCUGUAUUUUUCUCUUUUUUAUUUUACAUCGUACAGCUCUAUAGAACGUCCGUACGCCCCGCGUCGUCGUAUCUUUUUAGUUUGAGACGAGAAGAGACCCAAAAAAAGUCUUGAAAUAAAAGACCAUCUUCUACAAUAUAGACGCUUCACGGUAGACCUAUAACAUAAAAGAUUCCAGUUUGGAGGGCACAGGUGUCAUCCUAAGAUAGUAUCAGCUUCGGUCUCCGCUACAAGAGACACGAAACGUUUUGUUGUCAGAUAUAAGCCUUGGAUUCUUAGAGUCGCAUCUUCCGUUCCGUUUUCGUCUCGUAAGUCAGUUUUCGAGAUGGAUUGCGCCUUAUCAUUCGUUGCCAUUUUCAUUGUUCUCGUCGCACUUGCUGUAUACGAUUCCAUAAAACCGCAGCAUUUUCCACCAGGACCAAGAUGGCUGCCGUUCGUCGGAUGUUUUCCUCAUUUUUAUCAAUUACGUUCAAAAUACGGUUACGUUCAUUUGGCCAUCCGAGAGCUCGCUGAAAAAUACGGUUCGCUGACAGGAAUAAAACUUGGAAAACAACGAAUCGUUGUAGUGAGCACCCACGAUUUGAUAAAAAAGAUUCUCACGUGCGACGAAUUCAACGGACGACCGGACGGCUUUUUUUUCCGAGUACGUGCCUUCGGGGAAAGGAGAGGUGUCCUCUUCACCGACGGUACGAAGUGGUCUCAGCACCGCAGAUUUUCUCUUCGUCAUUUGCGCUCUUUUGGAUUUGGACAUCGCAAAAUGGAGGACUACCUGAUCGCGGAGGCUGAGGACUUGGUUGAAAAUUUACGAAAAAAAAGUCUCGAAGGUCCGGUAGCGAUGCACAGCGCGUUCGACGUACCGGUUAUAAAUUCUUUAUGGCUAAUGUUCGCCGGAAGACGUUUCGAAUACGACGACGAAAAGUUGGCGGAAAUUCUUCGGGUGACGCACGAUGCUUUCAAACUGAUAGACACUUCUGGCGGCAUCCUCUGCCAGCUUCCGUUCCUGCGAUUUAUAUUUCCGGAGUUAUCGGGGUACAAUUCUUUGAUGUCGAUAUUGAAGAAACUCUGGUCAUUUCUGGACGACGAGAUAAACGAACACGUCCGGAACCUCCCAACGGACGAACCCCGAGAUUUGAUUGAUGCUUUUCUCAUGGAAAUGUCGCGCGGUGAAUCCACCAGCGAUUCUCAAUUUAAUCACGAGGAACUGCUCAUACUUUGCUUGGAUUUGUUCCUCGCCGGAUCGGAAACUACGAGCAACACCCUUUCGACGGCGCUUAUUUACCUCGUAUUAGAUCCAGAAUUACUUUCGACGCUGCAAACGGAACUUCAGAAGGUCGUUGGCCCCGACAGACCCCCGAAGUGUGCUGACAGAUCAUCCUUACCCACAAUGGAGGCUUUUAUCGCAGAGGUGCAAAGAUGUCUUUUCAUAGCGCCUCUGGGAGUUCCUCAUCGAGCGAUUAAAGACGUUUCUUUAAAUGGAUAUCGGAUUCCGCAGGAUACGAUAAUACUUGUAAACUACUACAGCGUACAGCAUGAGAAAUCACAUUGGAAAGAUCCGGAGACCUUUCGUCCGCAACGAUUCUUGAACGCAAAUGGUGAAUUUAUACCGGACGAUUUCUCUAUACCAUUCGGACUCGGCAAAAGAAGGUGCCUAGGCGAGGUAUUGGCGCGUAAUAGUUUGUUCUUAUAUCUCGCUUACGUCCUACAUUAUUUUGAUAUUAAAAUAUCCGAAGAACACGGACCUCCAAACCCGAACGGUAACGACGGAUUCACCAUAUCUCCAAAACCAUUUCACCUCGUCUUGUCACAUCGAACCGGUUGACUCGGGGAACCACGUGAAAUGGAACUGAAAAUCAUAUCUUACCAACGAGAAACUAAACCUAGACGAUAACUGAUGAGGGUGAAAUAAAAAUUGCGUCAACUUGAAAUAUAAAAAAAUAUACAUACGCAAUGAUACACAUGUGUAGCACAUCAUCGACACGAGCAGCAACAUUCUUGACACGAAAGCGUGGAAUUUCUAGAGCGUGUAUGUUAUCAGCUAUAGUACACACACAUACGCCAAUCGAAGUGAAUAUAUUUACAACUUUUCUCCUAUAAGCAUAUCCUGAAUGUAUAUUUAUAAUUUAAUCCGAUGAUUUUGACGUCGAGACGCCCGGAUCGUUAGAAGAACGAAAGUGGUAAUACCGCAAAAUUAGCAUCUGUUCACCAUAGCGUUCAAAAAACCGGUACGCUUGAUCUAUUAAUUUCAAUGACGGUGGGUCACCGGAGACUUUUCAUAUCAGAGUUGGCUGAUAAAAUAUGAUAUUUAUAUUAGUAAUGAGAAAAAUGUUAUUGCAAAAACCAAUGAUAGUGCGGAUCAGCUACACCGAAGUUGUAGCUGACUUUGACACUAAUUCAGUGUAGCGAUUAGUUACCAUCGUUCCGUUUGGAUCACUGAAAGUGGACAAAGGAAAAAACCAACCGGUCUUGUACGAAGCGAUCUCAGUUUGACGAUAGUCAAAUAAAAAAAGAUGGAAUACGUUAAAAAAAUUAUGGAAAAAAUAUGUAUCAACUUUUCAAUCUUUCAUUGUAUUUCUUUUAUUCUAUAUAUAUGUAAACGAAACGUUCGAUGAUAUAUUCAUAUAAGUAGUUAUCACUAUAAUAAAUAUACAUUUCAGAUAGUGGUAUGGAUGGAAAUU